CGCGAUAUUUCCCCAGUGGGUCGCGGAGCAGUAUGGCAGCCGUCGCGCUGAGGUCCUGCCGCAGAGGACUUUCACAGAUUUUAAGUAAUGGAGGCCCUGCUGCUUUGUCCUCACAGCGUCUCGAAGGGGCCCGGAGACACAAGUCCACAGUCCAGUAUGCCUCCCGACCAGACCUUCCCAAGCUGGCCUACAGGAGGGUGAAGGGGAAGAGCCCCGGGGUGCUCUUCCUCCCGGGAUAUGGAUCCAACAUGAAUGGGCAGAAAGCCGAGGCACUGGAGGAGUUCUGUAAGUCACUAGGCCACUCAUACCUUAGGUUUGACUACACAGGACAUGGGGCCUCGGAGGGGGUGCUAUCAGAAGGAACCAUCGGUACCUGGAAAAAAGACGUCCUCUACGUGUUGGAUGAGUUAGUAGAGGGGCCACAGAUAAUGGUGGGCUCCAGUUUAGGGGGUUGGUUGAUGCUGCUGGCAGCCAUUGCAAGACCGGAGAAGACUGCAGCUCUGGUGGGCAUCUCCACUGCCGCCGACCACAUCGUCACAGUGUACAACUCUCUUUCUCUGGAGGCACGCAAGGUGUUUGAGGAGAAGGGGGCGUGGACUCUGCCCACCAAGCACCCGGAGGAGGGUUUGCACGACUUUAACAUGGACUUUCUGAAAGAGGCAGAAAAUCACUGUGUUCUCCAGAGUCCCAUCCCCAUCACCUGUCCUGUGCGACUCAUCCACGGACUGAAGGACGAGGACGUGCCCUGGCACAUCUCCAUGCAGGUGGCCGAACGCAUCCUCAGCGCCGAUGUCGAUGUCAUCCUGCGGCGACAAGGCCAGCACCGCAUGUCCGAGAGGGACGACAUCAAGCUCAUGGUCUACACCAUCGAUGACCUCAUAGACAAGCUGACCACUCUGGUCUGAGGAAGGGGGGGGGGGUGAGCUUGAGAGGUUGCUCAGAUGAGGAAAGAAGGACUGAAUGCUGGGAAGUCAACCCUCGAGUAGUUUACCAAACAAUGGCAUGUUUUUUCCCGCCAAAUAUGACCUUUUAUCCCUCUUCCCGCACUUCAUGUGUCAUUUCAACAUGCCGUUAUUAUCAGCAGCCUCCCUGUAAGCGGUUCCCUUAUAUCUUCAGGUUGCAUAUGUAUGUGUUCCAGGUUAUUAUAUGGAGUGUGUUGUGUUGGCCUUGGUUAGAGGCAUCAGUUGCUGCGGCCCGAUGCUGCCGAUCUUACUGUUUGACUGUUUCCCCCCCCCCUCCCUCUUGACUUUGAUUCAUAGUUGUCCUGUGCCUUUUUUAAUCACUUUCCACCCGUUUGGCCAAUAAAACCACUGCACACAGGUCUCAGUCUGUUACCACAACCAACACGUCAUAAUCAGCUGGCAAACAACUGCUGUUGAUAUUGAAAUGCAAUGAUAUUAUAUUAUAGUAACAUUUUAUUCAUUGAGAUGUGGAUUCCAGAAACCUUUAAGUAAUGUACUCUAAAAAGUGUCAAACUCAGACCUCAAAACAUCAUGAUUAAGAAACAUAUAAAAAAUAAGCACAUGUCUUUUAUAUACGGAGUAAACACUGCACAAAAAUACAAUUUGCUAAGUUUAUUAGCACAUAAUAAAUCCCGGUACUGUAUAGCGAGUCAAAAUCAUCAAGGGUUGUUUUUUCUGCAGUGUGUAUUUUAGUUAGCAGAACAGUCUGUUACAUGACUCCCUGUACCUGCUGGCCUUUAGCCACGGAGAGCUGAAUGGAGCCACUGGACUGUUGAUUAUUAACAUGUAAUUGGCAACUAGCACUAUGCUCAAUGGGGCGCAACCAACCACUUAACUCCCGGGGCCACUUCACUGCAGCGCUGACCUUUAACUCGUGGGUGAGCUGUGUAGUCACUCAUUUUUCUGUGUCAAAGCUCAAAUCAAACGUCUAUUUAUGAGAGCAUAAAGCCCGGCAGUUAUAACGCAAGAGAAGCUUCUAGAGCGAUGUUUACUUAUAUGCUCAUUUUGCUUUGAGUUUUACAGAAAGCAUAUUUUUGCACCAUAGAUAUAACCAGGAAGUGCUUUGUAAGUAGGGUUUUUGUUGUGUAGUCAACUAAGAUAAUACAUACUUACAUAUUACCCCCAAACACUUAUCAAGCACAAACAAACUUAAGUAGAAGGAACUAGCUCUCAUUACACAACUAAGAGACAGAUACUGUAACAACCUUAGUGUUUGCUGCAGCCAAACAAACAAUAAGUCAGGAGGAAGACUAACCGGUUAAAGCAGCUAUUCUAACAACACUUUGUUAACCAGUUAUCAGAGGUGGAAGACGUGUCUUGUACUUAAGUUCAAGUAGAAUACCACAGUCUAGGAAUGCUCUGUUUCAAGUAAAAGUC